CAAAACCAGCUACCCAAUCUACUCGAGUUAUUCAAUUCCAAGGCGUGUCGUGACUGGAACACGAAUUGUAUCGUCGCCCGUUCGAGUUGUGUCAUCUCCUACUCGUAUCGUAUCGCGAGUCAUCCACUCGCAAUCACCGAUACGCAUUGUUCGUACGACAACGCGCGUGGUAUCAUCGCCGGAGAAAAUCUCUUCAUAUUCAUAUAGUACGCCCUCAACAUACUCGCCAUCAACCUAUUAUUCAACCUAUAUCCCCUCCACGUAUACAACAUAUACUCCAUCGUACUACUAUAAUCCAACAAAAAUAACCCGUGUAUAUGCCCGGUCUCUGUCACCGGUGCGGAUCGAAAGCUCUCCGGUGCGAGUAACACCUUCCUAUCUAAAGAGAUUCCCUCCCGGAUAUGGCGCACGGGCUCUAACAAAUUAUAUGAACACUGAACCCUUUACCACUUUUUCGGAGGAAACGAGCAGGAUUCGAAAUCGGGCACAGUCUUUGAUUAGGGAUUUACACACUCCUGUUGUACGCCGUGCCCGCAGUUGUACGCCUUUCCCUGUGUCAGGGUACAGCUAUGAGCCAACGUCUCAACUAGCUCUUGAUGCGUACGUCGCUAGAAUUACAAACCCAGUACGUCACAUCGCAAAGGAAGUUCACAACAUUUCACAUUAUCCAAAACCAGCUGUGAAAUUUGUAGGUAAAAGUCAUCUUGCCUCUGUAAGGAUUUGUGGCGAUAAAUCCUAUAACAUUAGAAGGCCAAUGUACGAUUCGGAUAAAGUUCGAACCGAUAUUAAUCUCUUAUCCUGGUACCUUAGACAUCCGACUUCAAAAAAUGAUAAUAUUGCCAAUGUUUCUGAUGGCCAAGAUGCUGAAUUGGAUCCAAAUCGUCCAUCAAGAAAGUUUUCUGCACCAAGGCCACUCGAAGACAAUGUUGACUUGGAAUCAAAGGAAAAGCAGCGCUUACGUAAGGAGCGGCUGUUGACGGUAAACGAGGAGCCUUUUCAAAAACCUGUGAAGGAUGAUAAUCAAGUAGCCGAAGAAGAAAAAAAAGGUCUCUUGGCCAAAGAAGAGCGCUUGGCAGAAGAAGCUCGUAAGGCCGAAGAAAAGCGAUUAGCCGAAGAAGCACGGUUGGCCAAAGAAGCACAUAAGGCCGAAGAAGCGCGUUUGGCGGAAAAGGUGCGCCUGCAAGAAGAAGCACGCUUAGCUGAAGAAGCGCGCUUAGCUGAAGAAGCACGCUUAGCUGAAGAAGCGCGCUUAGCUGAAGAAGCGCGCUUAGCUGAAGAAGCACGCUUAGCUGAAGAAGCGCGUUUAGCUGAAGAAGCACGCUUAGCUGAAGAAGCGCGUUUAGCUGAAGAAGCGCUGUUAGCAGAAAAAGCACGAUUAGCAGAAAUAGCACGAUUAGCUGAAGAAGAGCGAUUGGCCGAAGAAGCGCGAUUGAUCGAAGAUGCGGUUUUAGCCGAAAAAGCACGUUUAGCUGAAGAAGCACGUUUAAAUGAAGAAAUUAAAUUACGAGAGGCUUCCUUGAACCGACUAGCUGAAAUCGAAAAGCAGGCCGAUGAAGAGAGUGAGGCUGAACUUGCUCGGCAGGCUUCUGAGCUGGCCAUAAUCGCUCGGGAAGAAGCAGAAAUUGCUGCCCAUGAGCAAGCCAUCAGGCAAAAAUCGAUAAGUGAAGAACUUGAACCUAUUAUUGACGAUCCCGAAACACAUGUUGAUCACGAUUACCAGGAACCGAUAAUAGAUAUAAACGUUGAUAUUAAAAAUGUAUCAUCAGAUCACCUCAACAUUACUGAUGAAGAUGCUGAAGAAGAGGAAGAAGUAUAGAAAACAUUAAUUUAAAUGUAUCAGUUUAACAGGUCGUGGUGAACAUUAAUUUUAAAAUUACACCACUCAAUCCAAAUAAUGUGCAGUUGAUUUUAGUACUUUGGCUUUAUUAAGCAUAUAUUAAGCUAAUAAAUUGUCAUUGUAUAACAAUU